AUGCGCGCCUCAACCCUCUUCACCGCCGCCACGGCCUUUGCCCUCGCCUCCGCCCAAUUCCAACUCGCCGACGACUCGGCCGACUCGGGCAAGAAGACCAUCACGACGACGGCCUCGACCGUCACCAGCACGCGCACCGUCCACCUCCUCACCACCGAGACGCACUACUACAGCACCGCGUCGGGCAGCGUGUACGCGAGCACCGAGACGGAGACGAUCGACUCGGUCAUCACGGACGUGUCGUCGGCGCCGACGCCCGACGCGGCCGGCGCCGUCGAGGCCGCCGCCGUGUCCUCCACCCCCGCGGCCGUCGACGCUGCCGCCGUCACCCCCUCCGCUGCCGCCGCUUCCACCCCCGUCUCCGCUCCCGCUCCGCUCGUCACCCCCGCUGGCAUCUAUCCCGCUGCUGGCAACGGCACUUCCGGCCACGCUGCCGCUACCGGCUUCAAGACUAACCCUGCCAGCGGCAAUGGCAAUGCCGGCGCUGAUGGCAAGCCUGCCGCUUCGAGCGCGCCUAUCACCCCGUCCACGGGUGCGGCAGCCGGCUUGAGGCUCGAUGCUAGCGUCGCCGCGCUGGUGGCCGGUAUCGCGUACCUCGUUGUUGUUUGA